UAGCCCCGCCCCUCUCUGUCCGCGUGCAGCAGGGUUCAGUGAGAGAGAAGGCUCGCGAGCAGUCCCGCUCCAGCAGUCACCGGUUAACCAAGCAGCUGACUAGUUGUUGGAUUAAAGGGUUAACUGACCCAGCUACAGGAGCUACCUGCUGACGCACGUCUUCUGAAGGUGACUGGCAGGUCCUGUGAUGGAGGAGCUUCACGACGUCCAGCUGACUGAGAUCAAACCUCUCCUGACAGAACAGAGCGGGAGAAACCUGCAGGACUUUGACUGUCAGGAGCACGAUGUGGAGACAGCCCACGGCGUGCUGCACGUUACCAUGAGGGGAGUUGCUAAGGGCAACCGGCCCACAAUCCUCACCUACCAUGACAUUGGACUGAACCAUAAGUCUUGUUUCAACAGCCUGUUUAACUACGAGGACAUGCAGGAAAUCACACAACAUUUCUCAGUUCUGCAUGUUGAUGCUCCAGGACAACAGGAGAACGCUGCCAUAUUCCCCAUAGGGUACCAGUACCCCACCAUGGACGAGCUGGCUGAGAUGCUGCCACCUGUCCUGACACAACUCCAGGUGAAGACUGUGAUUGGUAUCGGGGUUGGAGCUGGAGCCUACGUCCUCACCAGACUGGCUCUGAAUGAGCCCAGUUUGGUGGAGGGUUUAGUUCUGAUCAACAUCGACCCCUGUGCCAAAGGCUGGAUGAACUGGGCUGCCUCUAAGCUGAGCGGCUGGACGAGCAACCUGGUCGACAUGAUCAUGGGACACCACUUCAGCACGGACGAGUUAACAGAGAACAAGGAGACCAUCCAGACGUACAGACUCCACAUCUCUCAGGAUGUACCGCAGGAGAACCUGGCCAUGUUCUACAACAGCUACAACAGUCACACUGAGCUGCACAUGGAGCGGCCGGUCCCUGGUCUGAAUGAAAACACAGUGACCACGCUCAGGUGUCCUGCUCUGCUGGUGGUCGGAGACAUGUCACCUGCUGUUGAUGCUGUGGUGGAGUGUAACUCCAGACUGGACCCCACCAAGACCACCCUGCUCAAGAUGGCAGACUGUGGAGGACUUCCUCAGGUGGUGCAGCCUGGGAAACUAGCAGAGGCCUUCAAGUACUUUGUCCAGGGGAUGGGCUACAUGCCCACAGCUGGUAUGACCCGGCUCGUUCGCUCCAGGACUCACUCAGCCUCCAGCGUUGGAUCCACAGACGGCGUCCGGAGCCGCAGUGCCACCAACACGCUGCCAGAGGGUGCCAACCACACCAGCCCGGAGCAUACGGCGCCACACACCAUCCAAAUGAUGGCUUAGGACUGUUCCUGCUGUUUUCUCUCUUUCCUCUUCCUCCUCCUCUGUGUCCACCUGGACUUGACCCUUUCCAGGACACAGCCCAGCUGUCCUGCCAUUUUGGUUGUAAACCUUCAACGAUAGCUCAAAAGUGUGUUGUCAGAAAGCCCUGUCUUAAUAACCUCCCAGUCAGAGUAGGGAGGUCUAACGGUGCCAGCAGCAGCCACGUUGGCUCUUUAGGAGGCUGAUGCUGGUCUGUAUCUUCACCCCCUCCUCCCUGGAGCCAAGCGGUUGCCAUGGCGACGCUGUAGAUGCAACUGAACAUGGAUUCAUCCAGUUCAUAUUUAUAUAGGUUGUGUCUGAACUCACUCCCAGUUCACCCAUUCACUACUCCCUGUACGAUGCACAGUGGUUCACUCAACAGUAAACUGAGAUGUUGGACAUGUACCAAUCCUCAUUUGUCAUCACUAACAGCUGUAGAGCUGUGCAGCAGUCAUUUUUCAUCUGAUAAAACAUGGAGUGUUUCAUUGUGCGAUCAUUAGCAGACUUACUAUUAAAGCAUUCGGGCCCCAUUCCCACAUGACAAGUCUACUGUAUAGUGAGUAGGGAGUGAUUUCAGACGGCUCUAGUUUCCUCAGACCAGACCAGUUUUACAGUUCUCCUCCUUCACUUGGGUCCUGGUCUCUUCUUCUUUUGUUAUGAUUGUUGUUCAUGGUGCUGCUGUUGCUUGCUUUUGAAAUUAGAAGGGUCUUUUCUACUUAUUUGUCUGUAUCUGGCCCUAACAUAGUUUCUAUUAUUAGUUUAGUAAGCGAAGCUCCUGCUCUCUGUUCACUGGACCCGUCGACAGCAUGCUCUCUGUGGAGUGUUGGCAUGCAAACUGUGCAGUGCUGUCAGUCUAGUGAGUAACUGGGAUGAUGUUUAGCUGUGAAGAAAAAUCCUCUGUUGCAUUGCUGCAUUUUGUUUCUGGACCAAAAGCUGCCGGACGCCGUCUGAGGUCCAUGCAGCAACAUCACGACAUUGCAUGAGCCAAAAAAGUUUUCACUUUAAUUCAUUUAUUCAUAAUCACAUUGGUUUUAGGAACGAUGGGCAGUGACCAUGUGUUGGUUAUCAGUCGCUGCAGCCUGAGCUGAUGUUGUGACUGCUGAGCUUCAGCGACACUGAUUUGAUGACUUUAAAUGUGCACGUGUCCAGAGGCAGUCCGAGUUUUGCACUGGUGGUUGGUGAAGGUUGGAGCCGUGGCAGCCGAAG